AUGGAAAAAAAUCUUUGCUGCAUUCUUGAUGGCACUAAAAACCUAAGGUUUGAAGAGCGCCCUGUUCCAAAACCCAAAAGUAAUCAACUUUUGGUCCGUAUUCAUACAGUUGGCAUCUGUGGGUCAGAUGUUCAUUUUUGGGAAGAAGGUCGUAUAGGGCAUUUCGUUGUUGAAGCGCCUCUUAUACUAGGCCAUGAAUGUUGUGGAACAGUAGCUGGCAUUGGCGAAUCCGUCAAGGGAUUUAAGAUAGGUGACCGUGUUGCAAUAGAGGUUGGAUUGGGUUGUAGAGAGUGUGAGUUCUGUAAAAAAGGAAAAUACAAUCUCUGUGUUGAGUCUACCUUCUACGGCACUCCUCCAACCGAUGGAGCACUGUGCAGAUAUGUAGUUCACGAUUCAGACUUUUGCUUCAAGCUUCCAGAUAAUGUCUCUUGGGAAGAUGGCAGCUUUCUUGAGCCGCUUUCUGUUGCUGUUUACAGCUGUAAACGUGCAGGGGUUACUUUUGGUCAAAAGGUCUUGAUUACGGGAGCUGGACCUAUCGGCCUGAUAACCUUACUAACAGUAAAAGCCGCCGGAAUUUCAAAAGUCGUGGUCACAGAUAUAAUAGACUGCCGUUUGGAAAUGGCACAAGAAUUAGGAGCCGACUUUACGUUAAAUGUCAAAGACUUGUCUCCAACAGAGUCAGCAGAGAAAAUUGCCAAUAUGCUAGGUUGCAAGCCAGACAUAACUCUUGAGUGUACCGGGGCCGGAUCUUGCAUAGAAACUGGUCUUUUGGUAACGGCGACGAAAAGUGGUGGACUCCUGAUGUUGACAGGUUUAGGCAAACCAAGAACGGAGCUUCCAGUGAUUGAAGCUGCUCUACGAGAAAUUGAUAUUCGCGGCGUUCUUCGUUACGAGAACUGCUACCCGACAGCUCUAGAAAUGGUUGCAAGUGGAGCUAUCAAACUGGAUAAGCUGACCAGAGCACACUACAAGCUUGAACAAGCAGCUGAAGCGUUCGAAAGGUUCUUGAAAGGUGAUGUGGUAAAAGUGUUCAUUCACUGUGACGACAAACCUUGA